UGACAGCGUCGACUUUGCGCAUUGACGGGAGGCGAUAGCUGAGGCAUUUACGCCGGCAGCUGUAGCAUGGCAGGACAGCGAAGAGCAAGAAGCGGAGAGAAUGCCAUGUUGACAGAAGCACAAGGCGACGGGGACGGCGCCGGCCCUGGCCCCGGCGGGUCUCGGAGCCCGCCGGCGCGGCAGCCACGGCGCCUGCUGCGGCUGACGUUGCUACUGGGCUGCGCGCUUGCGGCGCACCUUGCCGGCGGCUGGGGCUCCGGCGCAGGCGUCGCGGCAGCCCCCUCCGACGUGUCGUUUCCGGGCGGCGCGGGCCACGCGCUUCAGUUCCAGGACCAUGUGCUGCUGAAGACCGACUUCCGGGACUUUCCCACCACGGCACUGACGUUUGAGGCCUGGAUAAGCACCAGUGACUUCUGCCACGCGGGCACGGUCAUGUCGUACGCCAAGGACAGCAAGUCGGAGGACAACGCGCAGCGCAUCGCCGACUUCAACCACUUUGUCAUCUUCGACACGCGGGCCCUCCUGGCCUGCCAUGACUACCAGUACAUAGACCUGCUGCCGGACCCGGCCAACAUGUCCUGCCACGCAGCCUACGCCAACGCCAGCGGGGGCAGCCGCAAGCUGCCCUCGCUGUUGGAGCGGGACGGGCGCUGGCACCACCUGGCGGUGACGUGGAGCGCGGCGGCGCAGGGGCUGACGCAGAUCUACGUGGACGGAUCACUCAUGGCCUCCGCCUUCACACACAAGACGGCGCCGCUGGAUCCCAACGGAGCGUUCAUGCUGGGAGGGGAGCAGGACUGCUUUGGCGGCUGUGUGGACCCCAGCCAGGGAUUCCACGGCCUUCUGGAUGAGAUCCGGCUGUGGCGGGUGGCUCUGAGCCAGGAGGAGAUUGUGAUGCGCAUGCGAUGGGCCACGGGCUUGGAGGGCUUCCCCGACCUGGUGGCCUGGUGGAAGUUUGACGAGCCCAACGCCGACCCCGGCAUAUUCGCGCGGCACACGGUGGCCCGGGACGCCAGCGGCCGCGGCAACGACCUGCAGCUGGAGACGCCGCCGGCGCCGCGGCCCGUGGAGAUACAGCUGCCCGGCGCCGCGCGGCCUCUGCGCACCGGCGCCCUGGAGUUCCGCAACGGCCUGGCCCUCAACAAGCGCCUGGCGCCCGGCGGCUUCCCGGGCCGCAGCUUCAGUCUGGAGCUGUGGGCGCGGGGGGCGGCCAUCGCGGACCUGGACAACAUGCAGCAACAUUCCACGCAGCUCAUCUCCUACGCCGCACAGCGCACCGACGCCGGCUCUGGCGGCGGCUCCGGCUCCGGCUCCAGCUCGCCGCUGCCUGGCGGCUUCCUGGACGACGCGGUGCGGCUGGAGCGGCUGAUGGCGCGCAGCCUGACGCGGCCGGGGCGCUGGGGGCCCACCUGGGUGGGCGGCACCGCGGGUGCUGUGGCCUUGCACGUCAACAGCAACGAGCACACCGACGACCCGGGUCGCGAGGCGGUGCUCAUAUUCGACGCCAAGUGGACGGACGACAAGUGGCACCACCUGGCGGUGACGUGGCAGUACGACACCGGGGCGGCGGCGCUGUACCUGGACGGCGAACCCCGGGUCGCGUUCUUCAGGUCGGAUUACGGCGUCACGGAGCAGCGCUCGCCCACCGAGGGCGGCGUGGCGGCGGUGGUGGCGGCGCGCACCAGCCGCGACGGCAGCGGAGCGCUGGCGCUGGGGCAGGACCAAGACUGCCUGGGCGGCUGCUUCAGUGUGGGGGACGCCUUCAACGGGGCCAUGGCUGUGGUGCGGCUGUGGGACCGAGUGCUCACACAGGCCGAGGUGGUUGCGGGCAUGUACGUGGAGCAGCCGCCGGCGGCCUCGCGGCUGGGGCUGGUGGGGCUGUGGGCGUUCGGGCCGGGCGGCAUGGGAGCCAAUGAGGCGGGCGAGCCGCUGGCGCUGGACACCUCGGGCUCCUCCUCCGGCCCCAACAACCUGCUGCUGCGCGGCUCGCCGCCCGCCUACGUCUACUCCACGGCGCCGCUGGCGGCGGCGGACGGGCGGCCGCUGCCGGGGCCCAGCCCGGGCGCGGGCGGCUACUCCCUGGCCCUGAGCGACAAGCAGAUCCUGAUGCUCCCCAACUUCCGUGACUUCCCCUCCACCGCCUUCACGGUGGAGUUCUGGCUGUGGUCCGUGGACCGCUGCCGCCCCGGCGCCGUGUUCAGCUACGCCGCCGGCGACUACGAGCAGCUCGACAACGCCCUGCUCAUAUUCGACUACAACAGCUGGGGCGUGUCUGUUAUGGAGGACGAGGGAAGUUAUGGCGACCACAAGUCCGGCGUGUCGGUCACCGACGGCGCCUGGCACCACGUGGCGGUCACGUGGGAGUCUGGUGAGGGCGUGGUCCGGCUGUACGACAACGGACGUCUGGUCUGGGCGGUGCGGCGGGCGCGCGGCAAGACCAUCCCCUCCGGCGGCACGCUCGUCAUUGGGCGGGAGCAGGACUGCCGCGGCGGCUGCUUCGACUCGGCUGAGGGCGCGGCGGGCGCCACAAGCCCAGUCAAGGACCAGGAGUACGGGCCGCAGGACUUCACGGGUGUGAUUGAGGAGAUGCGUGUGUGGCGCGUGGCGCGAAGUGCGGCCGACAUACAACGCGGCAUUGACGCCGACGACGGCCGAGGCCCGGGCGGCUUUGACAGCCCCGGCGUGGACCCCUCCACCCCCGGCCUGGUGGCCUACUGGCGCUUCGACGAGGGCGCCGGCUACCGCGUGCACGACGCCACCGGGCACGGCCACGAUCUCAUCAUGCUGCAGGAGCCCAGAUGGGUGGUGACCCGCUGGCUGAGCAGCUGCGGCAACGCGGUGGUGGAGGGGCGCGAGCAGUGCGACGACGGAGACAACAGCGACGGCGACGGCUGCUCCGCCGCCUGCCGUGUGGAGCCCGGCUGGACAUGCACCGGCUCCGGCCCCUCCGUGUGCGUGCGAGCAGACGCCAGCCCCUCUCCCACGCCCGCCCCCGCGCCCGCUCCCACGCCCGCCCCCACGCCCGGGCCCACGCCGGGACCGGCGCCAGGACCGGCGCCGGGACCGGCGCCGGAGCCGGCGCCCGGCCCUUCGGGCGGAGGAGGAGAGGGAGGCGGCGGGAAGGUGGACCCGCACUCCUCACCUGACACGGGCGACGGCGGCCGGGGUGGUAGGAAGCACGCACACCGCACGGGUUUGAUCGUGGGGCUGAGCCUGGGCGGCGCGGGGCUGCUGGCGCUGGUGCUGGCGGGCGCGGUGGCGGCGGCGCGCAGCGGCCGGGCUGGCGGCGGCGGCCGUGGCGGCGGCGGCGGCGGCGGCGGUAUCUUCAGUUCGUACGGCGGCGUGCGGGAGGCGCUGGUGCGUUCGCUGGCGCCGCUGCUGCCGGCCGGGCUGCGGGCGCGGCUGGCGUCAGAGUACCACCCGCUCAUUCUCAACCCCGAGGAGGCGGACAUGACGCCGGAGUUCGUGUGUGCCACGCCACCCCGCCACCCCUACCUCCCGCUGCCGGGAGCCCCCGGCCCCUUCCCGGGAGGCCCCACCUCCCACCUCGGCCCGCCCAGCCCCGGCACCACCGUGCCACGAUUCAUGUCAGCUCCGAACACACCCCUGCGCGGCGGCGGCGGCGGACACCGCGCCGGCCCCAGCCCUGGGAGCAACGGCGGCAGCGUCAGCGGCAGCGGCCGGUCGAGCAUGCAAAUGCCGCAGCCGCUGCCGUCGCCACUGCGCAACCUGAACUUUGGGCCCAACUUUAACCACGGGGGUGGAGGGGCGGGAGGUGCAGGGUUCGGGCAGACGCAGCUGGUGAGUGGCACGGGCGGUGGAGGCGGAGGAGGUGGAGGCGGAGGAGGAGGAGGAGCCGGGCCGUUUGGUCUCCCAGGCCUGGUGUCGCCGUUUGGGUUUGGUAGCGACAUGACUGGGAUUAAUGAGGAGCGGGAGGAAGGAGAGGAGGGAGCGGGCGGCGGCGGCGAUGGUGGGCGAGGGGGCGUGGCAACACCGCAGCAGCCCUACCAGCAGCAGCGGGGAUACGGCGGGGUGGGCAAUGGGUCGGCGUGAGGGCGAGUGGCGGGUAGAAGCACGGAAUGCGUGGGCCGUGGGGGCUCACCGUGCAAGGUAGGGCCAGACGAAGUACGUCACACGUGGGAGCGGCGGUACUGACGCGGAUGUGGCGCAGGGACCAGGGUAAGUGGGGCCGGGGUAAGUGGACCAUGUUGGAAGGACGACAGGACGAAAAGAGAAGUAAAGCCACGCAUGGGCCAGGGUGGGGCAGCCCGCAAGAGCAUGCAUGCACGGCAUGAGUGAAAUAUAUACAGGUGUGGGUCGGUAGCAGCAGACCGUGUGGCCGGCACGGCAAACAGGCCGCAGUGACAUCUCUGCGGCUGUGGAAGGCGUGUGGUUGCGGACUUGUUGGUAGCAGGCAGGACGUGCGCCGAUGUGUGCGGCUGUGCGCAGCAUGCCGUAGCUGUUUGCAGCGGAAGUACAGGAUGGGGUUGCAAAGAGGCAAAAGCAGUGUGUUGCCGCGAUGCAUGGACGGUAAGAGCAAUGCGAGGUAGAAGCAUGCGUGUAUGUUGGUAGGUAGGUCCAGAUGCGUCUCGUUGUAAAGGAAUUUCUUCAGGACUGUAGGCAGUGAUAUGGGCGCGGGGUGCUAGACAUGCAAGGCGGGUCGCGGCGCUGGACGUGUUCAGGGAGGCGAAACACAUCGCUUGAAUGCCAUCGCCAUUAUGCAGCUGCGAUGUGGUUGCAGUUGCGUGCAUGUCGUGUUGCGGCUGCUGUUGCUGUUGUUGCGGUGGAUCCCGUGCGGUGUGCAGAUUAUUCGGGGGAGGGGCAGUUGCGCAACCGGAAUGGCGCGGGCGAGACAGGGCAAGGGAAGACAUGAGACACCGGGGUGCUGCAAGAGGGGCAGCGGUGGGAGGUCGUAACGAAGACUGCAUGCCCCUCUGACUUUGCGCUUGCAGCAUAUCGGUUUCAGAGGCU